CGAAAUUUAGUUUAAAUAAUUUAAUGAAAAAUAUCACACUCUACAUUAAGUGUUACUUUAGGCAGAUUCAAAUUUUCAAAACAAUCUUCGGUGAAAAUUCGAGCCGACCAAUGGCAACACGUUUGUUCUCAUUUGUGAAUACAUUAGACCCCACCUCUAUUCAAGGAGUAGACGCUUGUGUUAGACAGCUGUUAGACAGUUAUUAUUGUGACGAUUGUGACAUGAUUGUGACAUAUAUCUGUUACAUUACAGUGAUUGUGUAUUACCAAUGAACGUAUCACUUAUUUUCGUAUCUGUCGUAUAUUAAUUAAUAUAUGAAUAUUUACAUGAUUAAAAUCAAACAUGCCGUAUGCCAAUCAACCUUCUGUACAUAUAACAGAUUUAACAGAUGAAAAUGUGAAAUUUUACGUUGAAGACACCGAAUUAAGUGUUGCAAAUAGCAUGCGAAGAGUAUUUAUUGCUGAAACACCAACUUUGGCAAUCGACUGGGUGAAGUUAGAAGCAAAUUCAACAGUUCUAAGUGAUGAAUUUCUUGCUCAUCGUAUAGGUCUUAUUCCAUUAGUUUCUGAUGAAGUUGUACAACGUUUGCAAUAUCCUAGAGAUUGUAUUUGCACAGAUUUUUGCCAGGAAUGUAGUGUUGAAUUUACCUUAGAUGUCAAAUGUACAGAUGAUCAAACACGUCAUGUUACCACAGCAGACUUAAAAUCAAGUGAUCCCCGUGUUAUUCCUGUUACAUCAAAGCAUAGAGAUGAUGAUUCAUCAGAGUAUGGAGAAACAGAUGAAAUUUUAAUAAUUAAAUUACGCAAAGGUCAAGAAUUAAAAAUGAGAGCAUAUGCAAAAAAAGGAUUCGGAAAAGAGCAUGCCAAGUGGAAUCCUACAGCAGGUGUUAGUUUUGAGUAUGAUCCUGAUAAUAUAAUGAAACACACUCUGUACCCCAAACCAGAUGAAUGACCAAAAAGUGAAUAUACUGAAUUGGAUGAUGAUCAAUAUGAAGCAGAGUUCAAUUGGGAAGCUAAACCAAAUAAAUUUUUCUUUAAUGUCGAAUCUUCAGGAGCUUUAAAACCAGAGAAUAUUGUUAUCAUGGGGGUUGCUAUGUUAAAGGAUAAAUUAUCUAACCUUCAGACUCAACUUAGUCAUGAAUUACAAUCAGAUGCAUUGGCCAUAUAGAAAUUGUAAUAAAACACAUUUUUGUGUUCUCUUAAGAAUUACUGAGAAUACCGGUAAAAAAAAAUGUAUGAAGUGUAUUGUAAAAGAAAAUGGAAAACCAGUA